AGCUGCUUUUGAAGGAGAGGAGAGGAGGGGGACAGAACGGACGGGCGGAGAGAGAUUCACAGUGAAGCGAAAGGGGAUAAGGAAGGAAUCCUGCGGAGCAUGUAAGCACCCUGUUUGGACUCAUCGAGCAGCUGCCACACGGGAAGAGUGGGAUUUGGGCUCACAGCAAGCCAGCAGCAAGUUGAGACUCCUCAGGAUUGGAGUGGAGAGGCAACGCUCGACGAUCCGGUUGGAAUAUCUGAAGCUGCGUGCGUGGAGUCAGGCUUGAAUUGUGGAAUUUGAGGUGCGGGGCAAUGGCGCAUUGCCCAUGUUUGCGAUUGAAUUGUCAGGGGGCCGUAGCCGGGAGCAGCAGCCUUCGCAGCUCCAGUGUGCUGAGGGGUGGUGAAAGCUUUGAAACUCAAAGGCUCGACUGUGGAGCGACGACAUCCCGACCAGACGCAGGUAGAGUUCUGGCAAGGUGCCAUGGCGAUGGAGAACGAGUCGAGCCCGUUGUUCAGCAGCCCCAGCCCCGUUCUGCGGGUAGGCCCGUGAAUCUACAGGAGUCGUCCUCGUCACAAAGAGAGGAUGACGAGGAGGUCGGCGUGAAAUCCCGGCGGCAGAUGCUGUGUGGUCUGUGCGCUGGGAUUGGGAUGGUGAUGGCGGGGGAGAAUUCCGAAGCCGUCGCUGCCGAACCCUCCGCACCAGUUCCAGGCCCGCGUUGUAAAAAUUGUGGAGGAGCUGGAGCUGUUCUAUGUGAUAUGUGUGGAGGAACAGGAAAGUGGAAAGCAUUAAAUAGAAAGAGGGCGAAAGAUGUCUAUGAGUUCACCGAAUGCCCCAAUUGCUACGGGCGUGGGAAGUUGGUUUGUCCUGUUUGCUUAGGAACAGGCGAAGGUAAUAACAAGGGUCUUCUAAGGAGACCCGAAUCUAAAGCUCUCCUGGAUCAGAUGUAUCACGGCAGACUACUCCCCAGCAUGUAGUUUGUUUUAAUACGCCAGAAAUCCUCGAUAUGUAACACUAAAAUCUGUAAGAUGCGUGCAAAAGUUUUGGCUGCUCGAAUUUUUUUUUCUUUCUUCUAAACAAGAGGACAUUUCUACCGUUUGUGAGUAUCUGUUAAACUUCUGUACUUUUGCCAACAUUUC